UCACUAUGAUCUCGAUCUUCAUCAUAUCCAACAAGUAUUAAUCAUCAUAAAACAAACCUCCCCCAAAUACAGAAAAACGAAUCCAACGCAUGGCUACAAUUGGUACUCUAAACCUUUCGAACCCCAAGCUUCUCAUCAACUCAUCCAAAUUUCCCCAAGCCAUCAAACUAUCGUCGGCGUCGCCACUCGGCUUAACCGGAUCGGGUGGGAUGAGGAAAUUCCGAGCCGUUCGCGCUGCACCGGAUAAAAUAUCGGAGAAGGUAGAAGAGAGCAUAAAGAAUGCCCAAGAGACGUGUGCUGGUGAUCCGACUAGCGGCGAAUGCGUUGCGGCGUGGGAUGAGGUGGAGGAACUGAGCGCUGCGGCGAGUCAUGCGAGGGAUAAGAAGAAGGAUUCUGAUCCAUUGGAGGAUUACUGUAAGGAUAACCCGGAGACUCUUGAGUGCAAAACUUUUGAUGAUUGAUUCAUAUGAUCAGUAUCAGACUUUGAUUGAGCACUCCACUUAUUAUUGUGUCUAUCUUUAUGCAUAUGUUUAUCUUACCAUCCUAUUAAUAUAGAUUCUUAGUAAUUAAUUAAUUAAAUUAUGUCUUAAUGAUCAACUAGCACUUGUUUUAAUUUUUGUGAACUUCGUGAUCAUAAGGAACAUUAGUACAUUAUGAAAUGCAUAGUUGGAGGGGGUGACAGGUAAGAAAUUAAUGCAUACUCUAGAGAUGAUAAUUGUCGAGGCGGUGUGCUGCUGCGGUACUUGCAACGAGAUUCACGGAUUACCGUAUAAUCUUGAUCAUACGGUGAUCAUCUAGGCUACAUUGCACCUAUAAGGACCUAUGCUGAAGCUGAAGCAGUGUGUAGUGACUUGUUGGGUCAAGGCCCAAAUCGCGCACGCAAUAGGGUAUGUUGGAUCAAAGUUCACUCCGAAACAAAAUUGUUAAUCAUGUUUGGUCACCAAGAUAGCUUAAUAAAAUAUCAUCCAUAUAAGAAUAA